AUCCUGUUAUGGUUUUAAAAAAAUUUGGAUAAUCCUUAAUUUUUGUAGAAACGUAAAAUUUCUUCAUUCAACAUUGUCUGUGUUUAUUUUCUUUCUUUCUUCCCUUCGUUUCAGUUAAAGAGAAAAAUUCGAUGUUAACAACGAGCGAAAGCAUAGUUACAUGCAUAAAUAUACAUUGAUUUGAAAAUCUUUCUUUUUGCAUUGCAGCUCUAUUAUGCCUACAAAAGCUGAAUUAGGGAAUCUUUCAAGGAAUAUACAAUCAUUACAGAUCAGCGCCCAAGAACCUAGUUGGACAGAUGAUUUACCUGUUUGCCCUUUGUCUGGAGUUGGGUUUUCAACAAAUCAGAAAUACAGAGUAGAUGGGUUUAGAAGAGAGGAACAUCCCUUUGAAGAUAGAAGUUUUCAUUUUCGAUAUGAUGAAGAUACAUUUUUCUAUGGCGUUUUUGAUGGACAUGUUGGCACAAGAGCUGCUGAUUUUGCGACACAAAGAAUGCCAGCUGAAAUUCUUCUUGGCCAGUUAAAGGGAAAAGAAAAAGAUGAAGAUGUUAGAGAAGUCUUACAUCAAGCAUUUUUGGCAGUUGAAAAGGGCUUUUUUGAAUCUAUUGAUGAUUUAUUGGCCGAGAAAGAAAAUCUUCGACUUCAACUACAGGGUUUGCGAACAAUUGAAGCAAUCAAACAAUUUCCAGAAGUUGUUCAAAGGCUUAAAUGUGUAACAGAAGAAAUACAGAGUGGUAGCACAGCUGUUAUUGCUUUGAUUUUGAAAAAUAAAUUGUACAUAGCUAAUGUAGGAAAUAGCAGAGCAGUGCUUUGCAAAGAGGAUAAGGAUGGUAAAAUAGUCAUCUCCCAAUUAAGUCCUGACCACACAUUCAAAAACGAAGAUGAGUUAUUGAGACUGUCACAUUUGGGACUAGACAUGCAAAAUAUGAGACGUGAACCCAAAACAGGACUACAAACAUGUACGCGCUGUAUUGGAAAUUAUACUGUGAAAGGUGGAUACAAGGAAUUCGACAAUUUAGCUGAAGCUAGAGAAGAACCAAUUAUUGCUGAACCCAAUAUUGUUGGUGGAAUAUCGAUAGACAGCACUUGCAAAUUUCUUAUUUUAAUGUCAGAUGGUUUGUAUAAAUCUGUAGAAGAAGCCACUAACACUGCAAAUGCAAACACCACUAUAGUGAAUAUGUUGUUAGACCAAUUCCAAGAACAAUCGACCUUAAAUGGUGUUGCCCAGGCAGUCGUUGAUAAAGUUGUUCGAAUGCAUCAUGAUGCUUUCAUGAGAGAUUGUGAAACUCCAAAAAGAUGUCAAAAACGUGAUGACAUCACAUUACUAGUAAGAAAAUUUAACUGCCUUCUCCCAAAUGCUCAUGAUAACCCUGGAUAUCAGUCAAGUCAUGCUUUUAUCACAGAUGAACUACAGAAAUUUGCUAAUGAAUCAGAAAGUAACACAUUAGCAGAAAUACAAUCAAUAGACAGUGCAUCAGCUAAGACUGAUUUUUAUAAUGAAGCAGGUUCAGCUUUUAUGAAUGAUGCCACAUCUUUGACAAGUAAUAGUUCGGAAUCGGCAGGACCCCAAAUUCUGUUUCAGUCUGCUAGUAAUGUUUCAUUAGAUGAAAAUGGUAGAAUCAAACCCUAUGUUGAUUUCUCAGACUUUUUUAUAGCAGCUAAAGAAGCCUGUAAGAGUGGGCUAGUUCCUGAAGACUGGUGUAAUCCAGCAUAAUAAUUAUCAAAAAUUGGAAAAUGUGUGCAAAAAGUAUUAUUUGCAAACAUUAAAGAAUUACUUUAUUUGCAUUAGUGGCGAAUUUUCAAAUUCAAGGAAUAGCAGGUUAAGUUGUUCCCUUAACCAUGCAUCAACAAACAGAAAAUUAUUUUUUAAAAAAAGUUGCAUAAAACUAAUUUAUACAUUAAAUUUGCAUUAAAGUUUACAAUUUUAAAGCAAAUACUUUGAGAAACAGCCCCCCCCCCCCCCCCCAUGUUCUGGCUCUUUCCCAACUAUAGCACUACAUACAUAUAUGUAUCGGCUAUAUUAGUAUAGAUUUUUCUUUACAAUAAAAUAGGGCAAAAGCUUUUAUAUUUUUCGUAUGGGACAGCAUAAAUAUGUAACUAGAAAGUUGAAUGCUUUGACCCUCGAGGUAAAUGGUUUUUCCUGUUUGUUUUUAAAAUAAAUGUCUUAAAAUUUUUGUUAAAACCUUUAAUAAAACUUAUGUUUUAAUUCAAAAAUCUUACAGAUUUUCACUACACACCCACCAGGCUUGGAGUAAUCAUGAUAAAGUAGUGGUAAUCAUGAUCAACCAUAAUUGAUUUUUUUUUUAUGGAAUCACAAUCCUAAAUCAAUAUUUAAAAACCUUGUUAUUUUCAAAAUCAUUAAACUUUUAUGUAAUUGUAUUGCAUAUAAACUCAUCAUAACUUCAUCCAGUAAUUGCUAUUACAUCACAAAUCUAACACAAAUUGUUGAUUUGAAUUGACCUGAGGUUUCGAUUAAAAGACAAUAUUUAAACAAAUCAAACAAUCAGAACAAAUUGUGCAACUUGACCUUAAAUUAUCCCCCAAAUGAUCAAAAUAACUUCAACUCAUUGAAAACCAAGUCCGCCUCCCUAUGUCUUUGAGAAGAAAGAAGAGCUGUAGUCUGGUUUGGUAUGGACCGUCAUACUGCCGUAGGAAAGUAAACGGCAGUAUCUGCAGAAAUGAGUUUGAGAUAUCUGAAGAAACUGGUUUUGGAUUCAAUGCUAACUAUAUUGGAAAAUGUUGGAAUGAAGACAUUUUUCAUGCUUUUUUUCUGCGGAAAUCAAAUAA